AUGAUCAUUUUGACGUACGUCGAAUGCUACAGUGAUCACAAUGAUAGUCUCGUCUCAGUCUGGAAAUGGCACUUUGGCUCAUUCUUCUUCUGUUCUACUCAGGCCUCAGCAUAGCGUUAGGAACAAUCUUCGGUCUUUGUUGUACUCUGUCGCAGAAGGCCUCAACAGUGAAGACCUCAAUAAAAUCCUCUUUCUUACAUCCGACAUCAUCAAAUCGAAACCUGUAAAGGAAAGGAUUAAAUCACAAGGCUCAUCGCUGGAUCUCUUAGAAGUUCUUCUGGAGAGAGAUGCACUGGAUGAGAACAACAUCAAUGUUCUUUUUGAUCUUCUCUCAAAAAUUAGAAGAUUUGAUGUCUUGAGAAAGGCAAGGACCAGAUGGGAUCAAUUAAAAAAGCAGGUCAACCCUGAUGAUCAACACGCGCCUUGCCUAGUGUCUUCCUGUCAUGAUGGAUCUGACCCUUCCGAACCCCAACACCUUUCACGGCCUGUCAGAGAACUGGCCAACGAUGGCAUCGUCGAGAGAAGGAGACUGCAGUUUGAAGAAGGUCUAAACAAGGACUAUCGUCCAAGAGGAGGUUACAGAGGACAGCACCCGACGGCAACUGAUAUUGAUUGGAAUGACGAAGAAGUCCAGGAACUAAUGAAAGAGUUGUUUCGACCAAGAUCUACACCCGUCAACAGGAACGAUGGCACUCGUGAGUAUCAUGCAAGAUGUCGGUAUAGUCCAAAGGCUUGGCGAGAUUUCCUGACCAAGAGUAUUGCCGCCGGAUCGUACUAUUGCCCGACCGAUGAAGCAAUGUUGAGCGCCCAUAACCUUUUGUUGCACGAUGAUGGAAUCAUCGAUCCCAUCGGUGUCUCAAAAUUAGAAUUUGUGAACUCGCCAGAACUAGUAGAGGAUGCAAUGGGCACAUAUUUAUAAUAGUCAAGAAGAUAAAGAAUAAUACAAAUAUCGAAAGAAUGCAGGACUCUCCUACCAACCAGCAAACUUUGGACGCCAUGAAACACAAUACUGUAUAGUGCCCAAGUAGCCAUGACUGAUGCAGACUGCAUUCAAACGUUAUAUGCCUCAUGUACUGCCACGAAGUGUUUUUUUCGAUUUAAUCGACUGUUUAAGUGACUCAGGGCCCCUUUUCUUAGUUUUUCCUAGAGCUCGCUCGCUUUCA